UGCCCGCCAAGGUCCACUCUAUCAGCGAGUUUUGUGGCGUCCGGUUGGCCUUUCCGUUAUUCGCUGCGUCGCUGCGAUCUUGUUCCUCCACGUUUUUGGCGUCGUCGUACGUUUACGUGUCUCGCUUACUCGCGCGCACUCUCUCUCUUUCACUCUGCUGCGCGCGUGCCUAAGUGUGCUCUGUGUGUGUGUGUGUGUUUGUGUUGGUGUGUGUGCCUCUGUGUGCGUGCGUGUUGGCGAGCAGCGCAGCGCAAUAGAAAAGAAGAAGCAGAAGCAAAAAACAUAAGUGAAUUUUUUUUCGGGUGGAAGCGCGGUGAAAAAUGCGUGCCUGCGCGCGUGUGUGUGUGCGUGUGUGCGAAAAUCAAUACGAAAACAUGAAUAACAAAAGCUAAGAAAAAUAGCUACACGCACAACAAAAAAAGAAGCUGAAGCUAAAACAUAAAAUACAAAGAAGGAAAAAACGUGAAAAAUAAUAAAUAAUAGGAAUAGGGUAGCCAGCAGGAAGGAACAGUUAGCCAUUCCAGUGAGCUAAAACAGCACACACACGCACGAACCCAUUUCCACAUCCAGCCCAUCCAGGGCUUCCAAUUGACAGUUGCCAGCAGCCAGUUGCCAGUUUCCAGGACCGCAGCAGGAUGUCGCUGCAAACGAAAAGGCAGCACUGCUAUCUGUGCGAUUUACCCCGCAUGCCAUGGGCGAUGAUCAAUGAUUUCUCGGAGGCGGUAUGCCGCGGUUGCGUCAACUACGAGGGCGCCGAUCGCAUCGAGGCGGUGCUGGACGCCGCCCGCCAAAUGAAGCGUCUCCAUCCCGCCAGCAAACAGCAGCGUUCCCAUGAGAACGGCGAAGUAUCCGCCGCUGCAGCAGCAGCCGUCGUCCUGCAACAGCAGCAGCAACAACAGUUACAAGUUGGUCCAGUACCGGGACCAGGACCGGGUUCCCAUCGCGGCGGUGGCGGCGGCGGUCCACCGGGUGCUCCGCCCGGCAGCGGUGUUCCCGGUCCGUCGGGCGCCGGUUCGUUGAGUUCGCUGGGCAAUGCCGUUGCUGCUGCCGCUGCCGCGGCUGCAGUGCAUCAUCACCAUCAGAUGCCCUAUCAAAUGCCCGUGCCACGCAUCGGUCCGCCACUGGACUAUCCCGUUAAGCUGGAGGAUGCGCCUGGCGGCGGUGUGCGACCCGUACGCAUUUCACACAUGACGCCCCACCACCUGCCGCCAAAUGCGACCCGCGGCGGUGGCGGUGCACCCGGCGGCGGUGUACCCACUGCCGGCAGUGGCGGUGGCAGCCUACCGCCCGCCCUCUCCGUAAAUCUAAAGCGACCGCCCAGCGAGGAUGUCGAUGUGGAUGUGAGCCAGCAGCAACAGCAAUCGGGACACGGCCUGCCGCCAGAUGGCGGUGCUGGCAACGCCCUAUCCGCCGGCGGAGGCGUGGCCGGUGGCGGUCCGCCCGGCAUCAAGCGCAGCGCCAUGGACGAUCCAACGGGAGGUGGCGGCCGACCGCCAUUGACGCGCGGCGAAUCCCUUCCAGCGGCGGUCAGCUAUGUGCCCGAGCGGCAGCUCAGCGGACUCCGUGAUAAGCAGCAGCCGGUCAGAGCGCCCAGUUUCGAUGCAUCGACCUUCAAAGCAGAGCACAUGUCCCCAGCCAGUCGACGCAAUGGAUCGAGUCCGCCCUCGGGACCGCUGCCACCGCGCAGCGUACACUCGCCGAACAGUUCGGGUUCCUCGUCGGGACGUCGUUCUUCCGGAUCCCGACACGUGUCCAGCACCACCGUUACCAGCUCCGAGGUGGGCGGUUCAAAUCCGGGCCAGGCGGUGGUGGCCGGCGGCCUUGGGGGCGGUGGCGGCGGAGGACCCGGCUCGAAUGCAGCCAGCGGCCAACUGGGCGGACCCAGUGGCGGCAGUGGACAGCUGAGCUGUACAAGCGGCGGACCGGGCGGCGGUGCCAGUUCCGGUAGCGGAGGCAAUGGAGCCAUUGGUCCCGCCUCGAUGGCACAAAAUUCAGUGACCGGUGAUGGCAGUCCGGCCGGCGGUAAUGGUCCAUCCGGCAGCAACGGGAGCGGCGGCUCUGUGAAUCCCGGUCCCGGCAGCAGUGGCAGCCAGGGCGGCGGGGGAGGCGGCACACCGCUGGCCAGCGGCGGCGGUUCGGCGGGCAGCGGCGGUCUCGGCGGAGCUCCGGGCAGCAGUGCCGCCUCAAAUUCAGCAGCGGCAGCGGCGGCGGCAGCUGCCCAGAAUGCCACGCUCAAGUGCACCCUGUGCCAGGAGCGAUUGGAGGACACGCACUUUGUGCAAUGUCCCUCGGUGAAUCACCACAAGUUCUGCUUUCCCUGCAGUCGCGAGAGCAUCAAACGACAGAAUGGACUGGGCAACGAGGUGUACUGUCCCAGCGGCGAUCGCUGUCCGCUAGCCAACUCGGUGAUACCGUGGGCCUUUAUGCAGGGCGAGAUCACCACCAUUCUGGGCGAGGAGGUCAAGGUGAAGAAGGAGCGCGAGUCUUAAUGUCCAUUUUACUGUAAGAAGCUGCGCAGGGCUUUGGAGCACUUUUGAGAGGCGACAACUCCCCGGAUAAUAUCUGGCAUCCAACUCUCGACACUCUCUGUUGGGUCAAUGGUUUAAGAUUGGGGGAAAUUUAAAGGAGUAACCGUUUUUUUUUUGGCCACGGCGGCGGCAUUUCAUCAGUAGCAGAUAUGAAUGUAUAUGCACUGUAUUUGUCCAUGACGACCGACCAAACAACAACAACAACUACAACAUCAGCAUAAACAACAACAAAACCACAAUUUUGUAGGCAUAAGCAACAAAAAACAAAUAAGAGAUGAAAUCACGUAAAUGAAAAUUGAAAUUUGUUACCAGCAAAGUGAGUUUAUGAAGAAGAAAGAAAACACCAAAACGCUCGCAAAUCAGAAAAUCAGUAAAACAAAUGUAAGCGAAUGCGUUGAUACACAUUUUUGUAGCUUACUUAUAGAGAAUGGGCGUUGGUAAAUUUGUCCAAAAAAAAACAAAAAAAUACCAACCAACACGAAAUUUCUACGAAAAUGCAUACGUAGUCAAGUGAGAAAGAUUUUCGAACCGAAAUGAAACGAGAGAAACUUGAAAUUUUUCUUAAUAAAACGAUAGUAAACUAAAAUCAACCUAAUUGUAGCAGACACAAGCGGCAAACACAAACCACAAAUAAAGGAAAAUACACUUGCUGGCAUUAGAUAUAAAAUCCUUUUUUUUAAUACGAUUAUACAUAAAACCUAUACAUUAGACGAUAAUUAUAAUUCUGUUAUGUAGGCGAGCGAUUUAGUUCAUAAGUUACACUUAGUUUGCACUAAUUAAUUAAUUUAUUUCUAUACAUGUUGCCUAAUUUACAAUCGACAUUUUACCCUCCUUCCCUCACUCUUUUACUUUUUUUUUUUUUAAAUACUUUUAUUCGGAUAAUAACACUUUUUUUUUUGUAAGUUAACUAAUUUAAAACACAAUGAAAAAACGAAUGGAAACGAUAGAGAGAAAAACAGUUAUUAUGCUAAAGAAAUGUACAUACGUAUGCAUACCACAUAAUCGGAAUAUAAAUAUAUACAUAUAUUUAAUAAUAUAGAAAUAUAUUUCAUGUUGAACACGAAAUUGGCGGCAAAAACAACUGGCAACACACCGAUAACGGAGUUGCAGUGGAAUUUUAAACAGACUUUUAAAUCACAGCGAAUCCCAUUCGCUCACUGAACAUUUUAGCAACACUUUUUGUGCUUUUGAACGAGGCAGUGGAGCCAACUGGGCGAUAACUCCUCUUGGGUAUUAGAUUGGCAAAUGUUUUUUAGCUAUAUAUAUAUGCAUAUAUAUAUAUAGGAUGUAUAUAGCCGAUGUUGCUGGGCGUGAAUUGCAAAAAGUAAGAAGCACACACAAACUGGACCAACCAAUCGAAAAAGCACAACCAAUCUCGAUAUCGGUUAGAAUCGAACAUUACCAGCAAUACAACUUUUUUGAAUGCCUCCCAAUAGACGGCAUUUGGUGGGACUGUAUCAAUGCCAAUUGUCCUUUUUGCGGUUCCAAUUUGAAACUGAUUUAUAAAUGCUGUCUACUGAAGGCUGUUUUUACUCGGCUCGCAAGAAAUCCGAAUGGAAAGCUAUAUUAACAUAUAGGAAGAAAGCCGUCAAGCGAAUCGAUCAUCAAAUACAAUUUAUAUAUGUAUGCAUAGCACAUAUAUAUACAUAUAUAUAUAUGAUUAUAUACAAGUAGAGGCAUAUUGAGCAAGGCAUAUUAUCAAGUUCAAUUUGCCAAAUUCAUUCGAUUUACUUCGGCGUCUUUAAACUCUAUUAAUGAAAGGAAAAUCGUAGAGUUUAUUUGGAAAUAUAUUUAAAUCUAUUAAUACGAUUUUAAUUUCAUUUUUCAUAGUUCCAAAACAAAUUUCCCAUUCAGUAGAACAAUUUAUUCUGUUUGAUUUUGAAGAAAUCUCUUUUUCGGAUAGACAGCAGCAGUUUGAUUGUCGAGGUAUUUCGAUGAUUUCGAUAGAAGCAUUAAAGAAUCGGCAAUUAUCGAUAGCAACACAUUUUCACGAAAUCGCUGGAACAGUAAGUGAACGAGAACGGAGAACUUACAUAUGUGAAUCUUUAAUUCCCUAUUAAUAAUUAUUUUUAAAAGCUAUCAGUACUCUUUCGUUAAACGCACGAUAUAAGCUAAUAAAAUUACUUUUAAAACAAAAAACUCAAAAGAACCAUAGUUUACGGUAGUUUUUCGUUUUGAAACUGAUAAUGUUUGCAGAAAUGCUGAGUUUAAUGCACAAUUUCUACACAUUUUGGUUCCUUUUCAAGGGAAAGAGCAGUUGGAACAAAAACAAAAAGAUAUAAACACAUUUUGUGAUAUAGCCUAGCAAGAAGAACAACAGGAAGAGCAUGAGAUCCUGGAAAUCGGAAAUACCAAAAUGAAAAAUGCAUGAAAAGCAAAAUAGCUAAGAAAACUUUAAACAAGUUUAGCACUUUGGCAACGAUCUCAAAAUAAAAAAAAAGAGAUUCCCAAUUAAAGAAAUCAACACGAAAAGUGAAGAAAAAUUGAAAAAAAUGAAAAACAAUUUAUAAAGAAAUCAUACAAUAGGCCAAUACCAACGUUUUAGCAAUCUAAGUCUAAGAAGAAAACUAAUCGAAAUUUUCUUUACAACAAAACUAAACUUAAUAAUAACUAACGUUUGUAAACCUUGUGCGUGUGUGUGUAAAACAGUAGUGCUAUCUAAAUAUAAUACAGAUUAGAUAUCGCAUAAUGCAUCAACCCUAUAUAAGUACGAGUACAUACAUAUUAAAAAAAAACAUUAAAAAAAA